GCCAGAGGACACCGGGGAGCUCCGGGAGUGCCCUCCCUGCCUGGCACCGCGGGCACGGACCCUGCGGGCUCCCGGAGGCAGCUCCCGAGGAGAACUUGGAUUUGCAACAGGGGAAGGAGCACCUGGGCAGGAGCUGAGCCAGGAAGAGCUCGUUUUCUCCAGGAAAGGUGACUCCAAGGGCUGGAAGAUGCUGGAUAAGGCCACCCUGCUCCUGUUCCUGCAUUUAGUCACAUGCUCCAUCUCCUCCCCUCUCUACCCAGCUCUCAGGUUCAGCCCAGGGCCGGUUGCUGGCAAGGCCAUGAGCUUCCAGCUGCAGCACAGCAGCUCACUGCAGAGCCACAACCCCCUGGCACAGGAGCAGGAGGAGGAGGGCUUGUUAACAGACCCUGCUGAGAAAAGGAUGCAGCGCCACGCUGACGCCAUAUUCACUGACAACUACAGGAAAUUCCUGGGGCAGAUUUCAGCCCGAAAAUUCCUCCAGACCAUCAUUGGCAAGAGGCUUGGAAGCAGCGAGAGCAGCCCAGGGGAAGGGCUGCAGGAGUUCCUGAGCAGGCGCCAGUCCGACAGCAUCCUGAUGGACAGCCAAUACCAGCAGCAGAUGGUGCUGAGGGACUUCCUGGGAGCCAUCCUGCAGAGCCAAAGGCCUCAGGACAUUGACAGCAGUGGGCUGGAAGGCUUUCCCAGCACCCUGGCUAAGCUCAUGUAAAUUCUUCUCCCUUUUCCACCUCCCCACACUCUGUAUAAUUCAGAGCUCAUGGACCAAACUGUACAGUGAGCCCUUCAUGGCAGUGAAGACACUCCCAGAUGUGAGCACCUGAUGCAUACACUCCUCAGAUCUGAUCAAAGGAAUGCAGUGCUGAGGCACUACUUAAUUUACUCCAGCCUUUACAAUUUAACUCCCCUCUUGAAAUACUGCUUUGUACUAAAUCAGAAAAAACCCCACCUCUGUGGUUUAACCUCAGGCUGCUUUUCACAGAGACUAAAACAAGAAAUACACUUGUAAUCCUGGGGACAUUCUGUGUGCUAAUUAAGGUUUCAAAUCCCAAAGUGUGGCAAAAUUUCUGCCAAGUCAUCUUUCUGUUUGAGGGUCUGAUUAAUAAAUAUGAGGCCAUCAAAAGGCACCUUUAGGCAACUUAGUAAAUCGAUUACAGCGUUCUCUAAAUUGAUGCUGAUGGCACAACCACACACAGCAAGGAUCAGGGUGAGGUGAGAGAUGAAUCCACACAUCUCCCAUUCCUUGGAAACACUGCCCAGGGCUGCUGCUGCCUGACACAGAGCCCUGGCAGCAGAAUGAACUCUAAAAUGCUCAGCAAUGGUUCCUGCUCAGCCUUGAGGAGUUCAAGCUGAAGUUGCAGCUCUGCCAGAGCUAAAGGAGAUCCCUGUGCAUCAGACUGGGCUGUCACUGUUUCAACUCAGCCUCCUGGUCCAGCUGAGUUGAAUGAUCACAGUUCUUGGGCGGAUGCUUUAAGUGUUUUAAAAGGAGUAAGGUAUUGGCCCAGUAAUCUCAUACAGCUCCUUCCUCCUUCUCACCCCAAUCCCCCUGUUGUUUGUGUAAUAAUUAUGUCUACAGAAAUGUAAAUAACACCAGGAUGGGUCUGCUCUCCCAUCAGCAGCAGGAAAUAAGAGUCCUUUGAAAUAAACCUGUCCAACAGCAGGUCAAGAUGGCUCUUUUGUUGAGACCUUAGUUUCUUGAUUCUGGGCCCAGAAUGGAAGAUGCUCCUCAGAGACAGUUGUCCAGUGCACCAAGGAUGACUCAAAACUGGACUAACAAAGGCACCAGCUCCAGUACCAAUAACAAAACCAGGCUGGAAACACAGUGAUAUAUAAAUGUGUGUUAAGGCCCGUGAAAUAUUCCCUCCUUCCACUCCAACAAUUCCCUGUUAGUCUGCAGUAGUUACCAUCACCAGGUGACAUGUUUUAGGAUAGGAGGCUCCAGUGUGCAUGGAAAUUAUUUCAUCCUUGCACCAACUCCCUCCCUGUUACAGCCUGUUCAGGUUUUACAAUUCCAGCUCUAGGGAAGUGUUACAAAGCACUCAGCAGGAUGGAAAACACGGAGAGGAUGUUGAGGGAGAGCAGUGAAGCUCUGACAGCAGCAGGAGCACUAAUGGAUAACUGCAACCCUUCCAUGGGCAGGCAGCUGCCAGAGACAUCCUUCUGCUCCCCAGUGCAGAAAUACACAAAAGAAUCACCUGAGUAGCCUGGUCCAAAAUAGAUUUCUAAACAUAUUCUGUAACAACACACUCAAAGCCAUUAGGACUUACUCCCUCCAAGGAAAGGAAUUACAAAAAAUGAAGAAGAUUCCUAAAGUAGUAAGUACACAUAGUAGCAAAAAGAAUUUAAACUCUGUUAAGUAGCAUAAAAGGCAUAUGCAAACAUUGAUUGGAUACUGCCAAUAAAUCAAAACCCUUUCAAAAACAUUUCAGAAAGUGUUUGGGUGAUUAAGUCUGUGUGAUUAAAUGGAUGGGUGAGUGUAGCUAUUUAGAAUAAAAGAGGUUCCUUUGGAGGUUCAGUUUGUUUCAAAAUGAGGAAACAAAUAAUCUCUGAGAUAAAAUAUAAAAAAACCAAACCAAAUAAAAAAUAUCUGAGGACUAAAAGACCAAAAUAAUAAAAACAAUCUUUCCUAAUCCAUAAGUAGUACAAUCACUAGCAACACACACAGCUUAGAGAAGAUACAGCACAGGGGCACUCCAUGAUUCUCCUUUGGCAUCCCUGCUCUCCUUGGAUAACAUGCUGCAGCUCCAGAGGCACAGGAAAAGUUCUGUCCUAGCACAAAGCAUCAGCAGAAAGAAUUAGUUGCAAAACAAAGCUUCUAAGUGAGCAGUAACAAAAUACAAGGCUAAAAAAGUAUUUAAGGUUAAAUGACUAUGAACAGCUUAGUUAUUUCUUCUCUAAAACUCCUUUAGUCCCAGAGGACUUGAAUGCAGCCUGAGAUCUGGUGUUUGAAGGAGUGCAGGGGAGGUCAAAGAAGUUCAUUAAACCUCUGUGGGCCCACCCUAAUGUUUACACUGCACCAGCAGGUAGGAACAGCUACAAAGAGCAGGAACAGUGAGCUAAGUGUGAGCAACAGCAUGGGGAAGAGACAAGGUGGAUUUAAUAAAGUGGGGUCAUGUCUCACACAUGUGAAAUGCUUUGGAGGAUUCAGCUCCACACCCUCUAUCCACAUGCUUGCUUGCUGAUGUAAUUUUCUUGGAUUUCCAGAAGACAUUUGAUAAGGCUCCUUUGCCAAAAACCUCUAAGGCAACCACCCUGGACACAGGAUGAACAGGAGCAGGGGAGGGAGCAACUGUUAAGUUUCCCAAGUGAAAGUUGCUCAUCAGGAGGAGAUUUAGGCCCUCGGUUAUUACUGUCUGUGAGUCCUUCAGUAACACCCAAAGCUGCUGCCUCAGCACUGCUUGGUGGUCCUGAAGGGAGUAAUUAGGUGGAAAAUUAGAGUUUGAGUAACUCAAACAUGGCCACAUGGCAAGCAGCAGACACCUGGCUUUGGUUUCAUAGGAGACCAGAAGCAACACCCUCCAUCAGUUUGGAGUGAGAAGGUUAUUGCCAGAGGCUGGGAAGAAAGUGCAGCCCCCACAGGACCCCCAAAGCUGCUGGGUCAGACACAGCCAGGCACAGCAGCAGCACAGCUGGCUCCCACAAGGCCUGACCCCAGGGCCCAGAGCAGCUGGGCACAGCCUGGAGUGGGAGAGAGAAGCCUUCAGUGGAGAAAGGCAGCCACAGCCUCACCCAAGGGACAGGCACAAGGCAAGAUCCCCCAAUAAACAGCCUCCAGGGAAGGGACAUGAAAGAACAGGAAGCCUCACUCUCAGCAAUGACUCACACACCAAAUUACCCACCAGAAAAAGCUCUUUUCAUUCUCAUGUGAGCCCAGCUUCCAAUCACUGCCUCUGAGACAGCCAAAACACAACACUCAGGACUAUCCUUUCCUCCUCUUUAUUCACAAAUCUUUAGGAUGAGGAAAGGGCACCUGGGGAAAAAGCAGAUUUGUAUUUUCUCCUUUCUUUUUUUCAAAAAGAAAUUCAAAUGUCCUGGGAGAAGGGGAGAGGAUCCAGGGAAUAAAAGAUUUUCCAGAUUCAUAUGAAAAGCACUCCAGCAUGAACACAAUGAUGAAAAUAAAGAUUUAAAAAAAAGUUUAACUGGCACCCUUUUGACUUAAUAUAUAAAAAAGAAUUGUCUUCUGCCUUCCUUCUUCUGGCCUUUCAGUUAUUUAUUUUCUUCUGUUCUGAAAGCAUUU